AUCCCUGGCAGCCGUUCGCGACUAACCCACGGUUUGCCAGCAUUUGUAGACCCAAACAACUUUUUCGUCAACUUGUCAUCCCACGCAAUCUCGACAAAUCUUACCGCCACGAGUUUUAUUUCGACGGACUGGUUCUUCACUUCUUCGACUUAAUAGGUAUGCUACAUCUCGCCUGCCUGGCCGGCACCACUCUUCUGCGUAGUGCCACCAGGAUUAUCCGCUUCAACCUUUCCCAAGAAUCUCUUUUUCUUCUUUCUUUUACCAUUGUUAUAUACAGUGACUAGAACACUUUUCUAGCGUCUCAUCUGUGUUUUUGCCCUACUACUCGUUGCGUCCUCUCCCUUUUCCACUAUCGCACCUGUCGUUCAAGAUUGCGUUACGGAGUACACUUACUACUAAUGUCUUGGCACCGGAAGCGAACUUUUCAACCCCAAGUCUAACACGGUAUCUAGGUGCCAUCCUUGGGUCUCAGAGCGUGCGGAAUCUACAUUUAUCUCUUAUCGCUAUUACUGAGUUACUUCUCCUUUUCCCAGUUUUUGCUUUUGAAACAAGUUUUAACUCCACCUACUUCCUGCCAUGGCUCCUGUCGCUCACAGCGACAUUGACAUGGACAGCCAUACUUCGGAUAUGGCCAGCCACGACUCGCAGCUGCGCCGACAAUUCUCCGAGCCAAUCCAUGCUCGUUCUACAUCUACUCAUUCGCCAUCCCCUUCACCCAUGACUACUCCUAGAGCCAAGUGCGCAUGGUGUGGGAAAUCUUUCGAGUCUACUAAUGACGAUCUAAUUUCUCAAAAUGAGGCACUUGAAGAACACAUUGCUACUAUGCAUCCGCACAUUGCCAAGUUUUCUAUGUAUGACGGCGCUGCCGAUGAAGAGAAAGAACAGUCAUAUGGUCUCGAUGAACAGUUAGAAGAUGACACCGCACUUACAGCUCCAGCGACAGAAGCAGAUGAUGCUCUUGAGGCUGAGGAAGAUAGCCUAAUGGAAAUCCCUGACGAUGGCGUGUUGGAAGGCGCGGAAGCUAUAGAAACUUACGACGAUAACGAAAAUGAUCAAAACGACGUCGAUGGACCUGAAGUUGAAGCUGAUGGAGAGGGUAACGAAGGAGAGUCCGACCUUGCUCUUUUCAAUCAACUCCACGAAUUUUCCCGACAAGAAGACUCGGUGUCCUUAGAAAAACGUAUUCACAACCUCUGGAAUCUUAAUGAUAUUGACAAAUUCUCCGGAGGCUUUGAGGAGAUAUCGGACAACCUCAACGCAACAUGGACGAAAGUCUUCAAUGACCCAAAGCGUAGCAAGAAGCGCGAUGCAUUUGAAUCGUUCGUACGACCAGAACCAUACAAAACAGCUAAGGUCUCCAGAGGCGAAUUUCUCGAAAUAUCGCCUCUUGAGGAUUUCUUGGUCCAACUUCGUGACCCUGAACUGCGCUCCAGUGAUGAACUUUACGCUAUAACCGAAAACGUGGCCAAUGUUCUGAAGGUAUGGCAGGAUGAGCACUUAGCCAUCGAAAAGCUCUGCAAACAUGCAACCAGGCAGAACGUAAAGCCAACUAGCGACCCGCGAAAGCUCGAAAGACCUGAAGUGUUUGAAGAUAAGAAGGAGGCGAUGCUCUACGGCUACAAACAUGAAACAAAAGAAGACAAAGUUCGCAACCAGAACCCCUUCGUUCAGGGGGGUUUCAAGCCUACGCCCGCUCAGUUCAGAAAAAUGACCGCCAAAGCGGGCCCGAACAAUCCUAACCCUGACGGCUGGCCAAUUAUCAUGAAGUUUGGCGUGGAGCAUGUUCCAAGGUUUCAGAACCCUCCACGUGAGGAGUUCGUCGGCAAGGCAACCCGCAAGCGCAAGGCCGCAGAGUUAGAAGCUGCCAACAAGGCCAACGAGACCGACGAACCGCUCGCUGGGACGCCGACGCCCGGGGAGGAAGAGGCGCCAGUCAAGCGACGCACUCGCCCCCGUCGUGCUGGGGAGACGGACACACAAUACACGGGGUCUCCAGCCCCAACACGAGCCUCCACUCGUGGCCGUGGCCGAGGUCGUGGGCGGGGAGCUGCACGCGGAAUGUCUCGUGCGGCGUCUGAGGCUCCGCAGCCCGUAGCGCCAGUGGCCGUGGCUCGGCCAACUGGUCGAGGCCAUGGCCGCGAGACCGCAGCGCCAGCUGGGCCGUUGCAGUCGCGUCCUGCAACGACUCAGCUGGCGCCAAUUGAACCGGCGCCCAGUGGGGGCCCAGCAACUGCGACUCCCGCCAGCACUUCAGCGGGAGUUGCCCGGGAUGAGUUGUUGGACCCAGCUGAGAAGGCCCGCCGGGAAAAGAUCGCCAACUCCAAGAAUCCAAAGCGGACGGAGGCCAUGCUCAAUCACUGGGCUCGGUUCAAUCGGGAGGGCCGGACCCGUAACCCGAAACGGUCCAAAGCCCAAAUCGAGGCCGAUCGGGCGGCCGAGGCUGCUCGAAAGGCAGUUGAGCCCCCAAAGACCGUCGGCAAGAAGAAAAGAUCGGACAGCCCGGUCUUUGGGGGCUCCGCGAGGACCGAUGCAGGCAUUGCUCCAGCACCAGCACUGCCUGCGCCAGCCUCGCUGGCGCCCGGUCCUCCGGGACCACACCCCCAACUUGCACCCAUGCCCGCAGUCCGGGGGUCAAUAGGUGCAUACGGCCCCAUUGACCCCCGGGCUGUAGCGCCCUUCCCUCCGGGGCCCCCUGGGACCCAUGGGCUCCAGCAGCCGUCGCCCCAGCCCUACCACACCCCAUACCCCGAAAUUUAUUUCCCCUAUGGGGCGGCGGCUGCCGGACUGCCUCCACCAGGCCACACGCGGCCUGCGUGAAGCUGAUGUCUUUAUAUUGUGAUUUGUUUCCUUUCUCCUUCUGUACAUGUUUGGAUGUCUUUUCUUUCAUCUGGGUGGAGAGAAUCGGGCAAUGUAUACUUUGCAUUUAUGUCAAUAUGUAUUACCACCCUACGAUUUUAAGAUCUCACUUUGUGAGCAACCGUGCGUUAAUUCUUACUUUUGUCUCGCGGUUUGCAUUGUCUUUGUGGUUAGCGUGUUAUGCCAGCAAUCGGCGCUGAGGUUUUUUGGGUUCCAUUUUUGUAUAAUUUUUUUUGGCAUUUCGUGGCUCGUUGUCCGCUGUAGACAGCACUAGCCGAAUGAUGGGUGAUAGGUACCUGUACGUUUAGGUGUUUGGAGGGAAAGCCUUGGGAUCCAAUGGAUCAAUAGCUAACAGAUGUUUCAUGUCAGUGUGGAGACUUCGCUAUUUGGAAAUAUCAAAAAGUUGUCAUGCUAUCUCCUCCCUGUGACUAAGAGGUUCU